AAUUAAUGAAGCUAAAAAAAUCUUUGAAGAAGCUGAAAAUGAAUACAAUAGACAACUAAACAAAACAUUUAAGGUCACAUGCGCAUUGGAUAAUUAUAAAACAGCCUUCGAGUUUCUUCAAUCAAUUCAGAAUAAAGGCAAUAAUUUUACUAAAAGUAAAGUAAUAAAUAAAAUCGGAAUGUGCUUACUUGGUGGCUUCGGUUGUAAACAAAAUAUUGCACAAGGGCGAGAAUUAAUUAAAAAAGCUUCAACACUUGGUCUUACUAGCGCAACUACUUGGGUAAAUCAAUAUAAUUCUAGAAGCGAUUUUGGUGCAAGCGAAGUUAUUAGGUGUAAAAUGAUAUAA